CAAGCUGAAGCCCCGCGCAACAUGGAUCACGGGCCGGGGGCGGACCACAUAUCCGGGUCAUUGGGAGGUAGUCGUGUGGACGACGAGUCCAGCUUAAGUUCUGAUGCCGGACAAGUUUUGAUCCGAUCAACCGGACCGUGUUUCCUUUACCGGGGCGGAGGGAGACGGCGGGACGGCGGACGUGUGUCCCGGGUAACCGCGGACAGACACAACCGGACGUCCCAUAUGGAGACGUGGGAGACGGACGUCCCUCCGCCGCCGCCGCCGCCCCGCGCCGGUGAGCAGCACACACACCCUCCACCCGGUCAGCACCGGAAGCAGCUGGGUCGAGCUCUUCCUGACCAGCACGGCGUCCCUAUUGGCACAGAAACACAUGGAGGGUCGAAAGGGCCAAGCAGAGCCAAACCUGGAGCCUGGAAAGAGAACCAACAACCUCCAGAAUGUGACACUGGUAGAGACAGACAGGAGAUUGCUGCAAGUAGACCUUUAACUCAGACGCAGACCAGUGGAGACAAAGAACACGACCUGCUCACCUGCCAUUACCCUGCAGGAGGCAGAGGAGCGCUGCUGGCUGCCCUCAGACACAGCGCCCCCUUGAGGAAGGAGGUGAAAGUUCAGCUUUUAGACCCUGGAUCCAGGACUAUCCAGAGUUUCACACAUCCAAAGGAUGUGGUCUCUUCCUGCCAGGCCUCCUUAGAGUCUGCCGCAGGGCCCCAGCGUGUCCCCUGUGUGUCCUCAGUGCUGCUGGGAGAGGCUGCAAACACAGCAGCGGUUGUUUCUGCUGCUACCAUUGCUGCGACUGCCCCUCUUCUCAAGCUAGAGAAAUGA